AUGAAUGUCACCGUGAAGGAAACUUGGAUUGUCCGGCCGGCCGGCGAAACACCCAACCGGCGGUUCUGGCUAUCCAACAUGGACCAGAUGUACGUCAAAAUUGGUCACAUUCCCUUUCUGCUCCCUUACAAGCACGACGGAUCAUCCAAUUUCUUCGAUGUCGGAGUGAUGAAGGAUUCCCUGGCCAAGACCCUCUCCACCUUCUUCCCCGUCGCCGGCAGAUUGGCCCAGGAUGAAACGGGGAGAUACGAAAUCGAUUGCAGCGGCCAAGGCGUCUUUUUUGCGGAAGCUGAAAUUGAUGCUGCCAUUUCCGACUUCGGCGAUUUCCAGCCUACUAUGCAGUUGAGGCAGUUCUUCCUUGAAGCUGACUACUCCCUGGGGAUUUCCUCCUCCCCCCUGCUUCUCAUCCAGGUGACAAGAUUCCGAUGCGGCGGAGUUUGUCUAGGGGUCGCCGGCCACCACACCUUAUCCGACGGUGGAGGGCUGGGUACUUUCGUCAUCACAUGGUGCAACCUAGCUCGCGGCUUCCCCGCCGAUAAAAAUCCGACGCCGUUCCUAGACCGGACGAUCCUCCGAUCAAGAACCCCACCUUCUCCCCUGUUCCAGCAUACAGAGUACGAAUCCUCCCCUGCCGCUCUGCCUCCUCUGUUCCUGACUCCGACCGAGAUCCUCGACAUACCGAUUCAACAAAUCAAGCAAUUGAAGGGCAAGGCCAUCAGCUACAGCACCUACGAGGUCAUGGCUGCACACAUCUGGCGGUGUGUCACCAUCGCCCGGCGACUCGCCGACCAGAGAAAACCCAUCACUCUGCACAUCAGCGUCGACGGCCGGCAGCGGUUCAACCCGCCUCUGCCACCGGGGUACUUCGGCAACUGCGUGUUCCACGCCAAGGCGGUGGCGUCGCCGGCGGAAUUGGCUUCGGAAUCGCUGGAGCAAACGGCGGAGAGGAUCAGGAGAGCGAUAAGGAGGAUUGACGACGGUUACAUGAGAUCGGUGAUUGACCAUUUGGACCGGCCGGGGGACGAAACAUCGAAGUUUCGGAUCCCCGGGAAUACCGGGUCGCCCGACCUGAAGAUCAUAAGCUGGACCCGGAUGUCGUUCCUGCCGAAGGAUUUCGGGUGGGGCGACCCGAUGUUUACCCGGUCGGCGAACCCGUGGGAAGGGAAGUGCCACAUUCUGCCGAAGGUCGGCGACGACGACGACAGUCUCCCGUUGGCCGUGUGUUUGGAGCCUGACGCGAUGGAGAGGUUUAAGGGAUUGUUUACUAGCUUUGCUUUGCCGCCACAAUGGAGACUUUCACCGUUGUAG